UUAAAUUGAUUUUGUCCGCCGAUGUUUUAAGUAAUUUAGCUACCACCCAGUUUUUAUCAAGUUAUGAACUGCAUUUCAUAGUUCAAUACGUGUGAGAAGUUGCAAUAAGUAUGGCGAGUGUGGCGUACAAUGGGAGCAUGUACAGUUUGAUCUCGGGGGAGGAGGAUGAUGGGAUGUUGGGGGAGGGGUGCGUGGAACCAGACAUGAGUGCAGAAGAGGUAGUGAGACUGUUGCUCAGCCCAGUUGACUACGAGAACGAAUACGAACACCACAGAUAUAACCUUUUGAGUGACCUGCUGAAUGGGCUGCAGCCUGAUGAUGUGGUGUCAGAGGAGUGGGUGAUGCAGUUCGUGGACAACGAGGGCAUCCAGAUACUCCUCGCUAAACUACUCGAGAUCUCUAAGCGUUACGACAAAGAGGACAUGACAAUCUUCGCAACUCUGGUGCCGCUCUCUUCCGUCCUGCGCUCCCUCAUUGGCUACCAGGCAUUCCUCCAGUUCUUCAUCGCCAGGGCCUCAGACCCAGAGGUCAUAGGAGUGACCGCCAAGGUGAUGAUGUCCAAUUCACUCAUGUGCAGAAGGGAGGUUGUACAUCUGCUCACCAACAUGAUGAUAGAAGAGUCCUCUUCAGUACAAUUCGUCACCAAGGUGUACAGUCUAAUCAACCGGACCUCUCUGAACACGUUUCCCUUCCAGCCCCUAGUGGAGGACUUCGGUCUUCAUAUGGGAGACAUAGAGUAUCUGGCAGAACUGCUCGCAUUCAUCAAUGCAUUUAUACUCUGCGAAGGCCACUACGAAGGGAGGAUGAAGCAGCGGGAGGCGUUUAUCAAGGCGGGGCUGAUCGACAUCUUCGAAAGUGACGAUUUCCAAGCAGUGGUGACUAAUUCGACGAAGAACAUCGGGGAGACCUCGGCUGCGGAGGCACUGAAGAUCCAGCUGGACUUCUUCGAGCAGCAGAUGGCAGAUGAUGAGACUCUCGCACUGGAACCUCUGCAGACCAUUCUGAUGCAGCUCCUCAACAGUGAGAUCUCGACAGAGACCAAAAUUAUUCUGAAUAACUUCCAGCAAAUAUCGGAAACAUACGCAGACGGUCAGUCAGAUUUCCUGAAGCUCUUCUUCCAGACACUGGUCCAGUUGAGCCAGGACUUUGCCAGGUGCGACAAUCCAGAGGAACUGAUUGCCAGAAUCAACAAGGGAAGCAGUGGCAACAAAAUAACUGCGAGCGCUAAUGAAAAAGGUGCUAAUGUUGAAACAGAGGAAAAAAAGGAGAACGACGACGAGGUGACAUCGAAUAAAAAGUCAGCGUCCAGGAUGUCCCUUCUGGUGAAUCUGCUGUCAGAUGCCAUAAAUGACGAAGAUGCAAAAAAGGAGCUUAACAGACAGCAAAAUGAAGAGCAAAUGGAUCCAGUGUUUCCUAAUCAAGACAUCAGCAGGAGGAUCAAAGAGCUGAGGAGUCCCAUGUUCAGAACGAGACACAGCUUCAUAGGAGGAGACAGCAAGAGCAUCUUCAGCGACUUAGUGACCACUCUUCAGUGCAACUACUCCGACAGCGCCGAAGGACUCUCGGAAGAUGACAUCCGAAACAGGGCCGCCAGUCUCAGCAGACUGUGGGAGCUCAGAAUGCGACGCGGAACGGAGUCGAGCGAAAUUAGGGAUCAAGUGUAA